AUGAGGUCGGCUAUGAUUUUUGUACCUGUUUCUUAAAAUGCACGCGUAUUUUGUUAGUAUAACGAUGAAAACAAAAUUCACCACCUUUAUAUAUACGAUUAAACUUUGUUCCAUUUUCAACCUAAAACUUUGACAUAAGAUUUUGCUUCAUUAUUUUCCAGAAUUAAAAUGAAGGACAUUAAGGGUUUAUGUGAAAAUAUGGUGCUUCUAAUUCUAAUGUUGCUAUGUUUUAAUGGGGUGGUUGAAGUGAACUCACAAAGGGUUCCUGCUUUGUUUGUUUUUGGAGAUUCAGUUGUUGAUGUUGGUAACAACAACUUUCUAAGGACCUUGGCAAGAUCAAACUUUUAUCCAUAUGGUAUUGAUUACAGCAAGGGUAAUACAGGGAGAUUUUCAAAUGGAAAAUCCCUCAUUGACUUCAUUGGAGACAUGCUUGGUGUUCCUUCUCCUCCACCUUUUUUAGACCCUUCUAGUGUUGGAUCUAAAAUACUUAAUGGAGUCAAUUAUGCAUCAGCUUCUAGUGGCAUUCUUGAUGACUCAGGGAGACACUAUGGUGAAAGGCAUAGCUUGAACAGGCAAGUCCUGAACUUUGAGAGCACAUUGAAUCAAUAUAGAACAAUGAUGAAUGCUACAACAUUGAAUCAAUAUUUAGCAAAGUCUCUAGCAAUUGUGGUGACUGGAAGCAAUGACUACAUCAACAACUACCUCCUGCCUGGAUUGUAUGCCAGUAGUUUGAAUUAUUCUGCCCCACAAUUUGGCAAUCUUCUUGUCAACAGCUAUAUGCAGCAAAUUCAGGCUCUAUACAACUUAGGAUUGAGGAAGUUCUUCUUAGCAGGAAUUGGACCAAUCGGUUGCAUACCUAAUCAAAGAGCAAGUCCUUUAGCACCACUAGGAAGGUGCUUUGAUUUGUUAAAUCAAAUGGUUGGAACUUUCAAUACAGGACUCCGAUCAAUGGUGGACCAGAUGAACAAAGACCAUCCAGAUUCCAUCUCUGUUUAUGGAAACACUUAUGGUAUCUUUGGUGAUAUUAUUAAUAACCCCUCUGCCUACGAAUUCAAUGUUAUAGACAGAGCUUGUUGUGGACUAGGAAGGAGUGGAGGACAAAUAUCAUGCCUCCCAUAUCAAUUACCAUGUGCAAACAGAAACCAAUAUGUGUUCUGGGAUGCUUUUCAUCCAACACAAUCUGCUGUUUAUGUCUUUGCUUGGAGAGCUGUUAAUGGCCCGGAAAAUGACUGUCAUCCGAUUAAUAUCCAACAAAUGGCUUCUAUAUAGUUGAAUUAUUAUUAUUGUUUCGUUUAUGAAACAAAACUGUACCAAAUAAAAUUGGAGUGAAAUAUAAUAAUAUUUGAAUAAUAGAAUUCAUAAUAAUCCACACCAA